CCGCAUUCUUGGACCGUGGACUUGAUGCUCCGGAAUUCUAGAAACGCGAUGCUUACAGCAACAGCGGUGUAAAUUUCGACGAAUAUUACUAUUCAACAAGACUGUAGUAUUUCCCUUGAUCCGCCAUGAACCCCCUAACGAAUGUAAAAAAUAUAACCAAGUUAGGUGAGCAAGAACUAGUACGCAACAGUAAAUCUUCGUGGCAUGACAAGUACAAGGACAGUGCUUGGAUAUUCGUUGGAGGCUUACCGUAUGAUUUAACUGAGGGAGAUGUUAUUACAGUAUUUUCCCAGUACGGUGAAAUCGUAAACAUCAAUCUCGUCAGGGACAAGGACACUGGCAAACCGAAAGGGUUUGGCUUUAUUUGUUACGAGGAUCAAAGAAGCACUAUACUCGCUGUAGAUAACUUCAAUGGAACAAAGGUCCUGGGUCGAAUUUUGAGAGUAGAUCACGUGGAGAAGUACAAAGUGCCGAAAGAGUCGAAAAAUACUGAUGAACAUACAAAAAAACUGCAGAAUCAAGGCUGUGCACCAGUACGAAAAUGAUAAUAGUUUUAAAUGAAUAAAUACACAGCUCUUUGAAUUCAAAUCGAUGUUGCGUAGACAACUGAUCGAUUGCAAGCAGGAAAAAGA